GACUGGUCAACAAAAGCACGUGAUUCUCAAACGCACCCCCACCCCCAUAUUUGGCCGCAUACAUAGCAAAAACGAAGUACAGUGCAUUGCUAUAAUUCAUUAAUACAUCAUAAAUCGUGAAGCACAGCGUUAUAACGACCAAGAUCUACAAAUCAAGCCCUCUAAAACAACCUAAAUGAGCUCUUACUUUGUAAACUCGUUCUCAGGGCGCUACCCAAAUGGCCCCGACUAUCAGUUACUAAAUUAUGGAACUAGCAGCAGCGCUAUGAACGCCUCGUACAGGGACUCCGGCACCAUGCAUUCGGGCUCGUACGGCUACAACUACAAUGGGAUGGACCUGACCGUCAAUCGUUCAUCCAAUACGGGCCACUUUGGGGCUGUUGGGGAUAACUCCCGGGGUUUCCAGUCUCCCGCUCCGGAGACACGGUUCAGGCAGCCGUCAAGCUGCUCGCUGGCGUCCCCGGAGCCGCUGCCGUGCUCCAACAGCGAGAGUCUGGGACCCAAAUGCUCCUCGCCCCCUUCCGACCAGAGCACCUGCACGACGGGCAGUAACCUCACCAACACCACACAUUUCACUGAAAUAGACGAGGUGAGCGCUUCCUCCGAGACCGAGGAGGGCACCCAUAGAGCCAGCGCCAACCCCGCCGCCCGGACGCAGCAGAAGCAAGAGUCCACAGCAACCUCCACCACCACGGCAUCGAGCGAUGGCCAAGCACCACAGAUAUUCCCUUGGAUGCGGAAACUGCACAUUAGCCAUGAUAUGACUGGACCGGACGGCAAAAGGGCCCGAACAGCAUACACUCGCUAUCAGACGCUAGAGCUGGAAAAGGAGUUCCAUUUCAAUAGGUACCUUACCCGGAGGAGGAGAAUAGAGAUAGCCCACGCGCUGUGCCUCUCAGAACGGCAAAUAAAGAUCUGGUUCCAAAACCGAAGGAUGAAAUGGAAAAAGGACAAUAAACUGAAGAGCAUGAGUCUGGCUACUGCAGGUAACGCUUUCCAGCCAUAGACGUCACGCAAGUAAAUAAUACAAUACGAGGGGUGAAAAGAAUACAUACAUUCAAAAUAGUUUUUAAAAACACUAUAACUGAGUACUGUACAGCGCGGCAUCUUUUCGCAUGUUGUUGAUGUUUUAGGGCAACUUAACUUAUACUGUGGUACUGCUUCUAUAAAAAACAGUUCAUAUUCAUAUUCAUAUGUUGUUGUCUUUUUAAUACAACGGUGAUUAUUGUUUGGAGGGGGAAAAAAAGAAAAAUAGCUAUCAAUGCCGCCCGUUGUUAUUGUUAUAAAUAUCGUUUAUGUGUCAAGUGCUAUGUUACUGCUUUCUUGAAAGUUGGCAUGUGAGCUCUUAAAUGUUAUAACUUAUUUACAAACUAUAACGAACAUACUUUACGAGUUUACAUCUUUAGAGACUCCUCUGCCCAAACAUGAAGUUAAGCUAUUUUAGACAGGCCCCUGUAUUGCUUUAGCAGGAGUCACGGUGUGUUAUAUAUGAUCACCUUCAUGUUUUCAUACCAUUGUUUGAAUCAUUUCUAUGGAUUAUUGUGUCAUGUGUUUAAAUUACUCAUUUAUUUUUUGAAAAAAGGGAAACUUGUAUAUACAAAAUCGUGACUAGAAUUCCCGUAUCCGUUCAUACGUGUGUAUAGUUAUAUUCCAAAUGUAAUUGUAUAUUAUUGGAUCAUGCUUAUGUUCCAGAAAGGAUGUAUAUAUUAGACAUUUUUCAUGUGACCAAUUGGCUAUUUGUAUUGGGCAGAGUGAAUGACAAGUGUGUGGGGGAAAAUGACAAUUGUCAUGUCGGACUGCCUGUAAGCAUUCUGCCAAUAAGCUUUUUGUAUUUGUUUGUAGCUUACCUUGGAGUACAAAAUAAAGUUCCUCAUACUCAGACCAAA